AUGGAUCUUUUCACUCGAGGCAACGACGCUUUGAACGUCAACCCAGCCACCGGUGUAGCAGAAACCCUCUCCCAGCACGGCUCCGACUGGCUCUGGGCCGUCACCGCAAUCUACAUCAUCGCUUUCUUCGGCACAUUGAUCCCCUGCUUCACAGCCCCUGAAAGUGACCGCGUCUUCCACUACCUCCUCACAAUGUCCCUCCUCGUCGGCUCAGUAACCUACUUCGCGCAGGCCUCUGACCUUGGCUGGAUCGCUCUACAGGACGCCGCGCACAACACAACACGGCAAAUCUUUUACGCAAGAUACAUCAACUGGACCGUCUCAUUCCCUUCGCUUGCGUUAGCGUUGGGCCUGUUGUCUGGUAUAUCAUGGACGACUAUCAUCCUCAACGUAUUCUGUUCCUGGUUCUGGGUCCUGAAUUACCUGGUGUCUGCCCUGGUGACGACGGAAUAUAAAUGGGGGUUUUUCGCAUUUGGCACAUUUGCAUACGUUAUUUUGGCGAUGAGCACGCUCAAUGAAAGCCGCGAGGCUGCCGAGCGUUUAGGCAUAGCGCGCGAUUACAUGACCUUGUCGCUGUUUGUGAAUGGGUUGUGGAUUCUGUACCCAAUUGCAUUUGGUCUGAGUGAUGGCGGAAAUGUGAUUCGCGUCACGGGUGGAUUCAUCUUUUUUGGGGUUUUGGAUGUGCUUCUAGGUCCGGUGGUGUGUGGGUUGUUUGUGGUUAUGACGAGGAAGUGGGACUACAAGAAAUUGAAUUUGGCGUUUAGUGAGGCUAGACAUCCGGUUGCUGAGAGUGUCAAGGAGCCUGCUUUGGUUGGGGGUGAAAGAAAUGAGGCCUGA